AUGGCUCGUGAAAAAAAAUUAUGGUUGAUUGUUGCUCUUUUCUCAGUUGCAAUAUUACACAUGCAACUUGGUGUUCGCGGUGUUAUGAAUCCUAAAGUGCCUUGCCUUUUCAUUUUUGGGGACUCUUUAUCUGAUAGUGGAAAUAACAACAAUCUACCAACUGAUGCCAAAGUUAACUACUCACCUUAUGGAAUCGAUUUCCCAGGAGGAGCAACCGGAAGAUUUACCAAUGGCCGAACCGCAGUUGACAUACUUACUCAACGUUUGGGGUUCAAGAAUUUUAUCCCACCUUUUGCAAAUACUAGCGGUUCAGACACUCUUCAAGGCGUGAACUAUGCAUCAGGAUCAGCAGGAAUUCGCCAUGAAACUGGCACGCAUCUGGGUACUGAUAUAAGCUUGGAGUUACAAUUAACUCAUCACAGAACCAUAGUUUCGCAAAUCUCUAAUAGACUUGGAGGAGUUGACAAAGCGCAACAACACCUAAAUAAGUGCUUGUAUUAUAUGAAUAUUGGUAGCAAUGACUACAUGAACAACUACUUCGUGCCCCAACAUUACCCAACAAGCCGCACUUAUAACCUAGAGCAAUAUGCCAAGGCUCUUAUUCAACAAUAUUCUCAGCAAAUAAAGGCUUUGCAUCAAACAGGAGCAAGAAAAUUUGCAUUGAUUGGGUUGGGCUUUGUAGGUUGCGCUCCACAUGAAAUUGCUACUCAUGAGAAAAAAGGACCAUCUGGAUGUGUUGACGAGGAGAAUGAAGCAGUGCUCAUUUUUAAUGACCUGCUUAAAUCACUAGUUGAUCAAUUCAACAAUGAGUUAUCUGACUCUAAAUUUAUCUACGUGAAUAAUGCUUUGAUCGCAACCAACAGCACCGAGUUAGCUGGUUUGAAGAAUAUUAGUACCGGAUGCUGCCAAGUUGGGGAUAAUGGACAAUGUAUUCCUAACAGGACACCGUGCAAGGACAGAAAAUUGUAUGCAUUUUGGGAUUCAUUUCAUCCCACUGAAAUCAUUAACAAAGUAGUCGCCAAAAGAACUUAUCGUGCUUCCACUCCCUCCUACACUCACCCAAUGGAUAUCCAGACUCUAGUGAAGUUAUAA